UUUUACUAAAAUCCUAAAAUGGCUACCCACAAAAGACUCGUGCUCGACGAUGAAUCUGCAGGCUAUAAUACUGAAGAAGAGAUGAUCAAGAACCUAGGAUACGGCCUCUCACUUUACAAAGAUGAAGCUGAUGAAGCCAAUAUUAACAGAAUGAAAGAUUUUGAGAAAGAUCAAAUCCUUGCUGACAGGCAUGAAAAAAUGAUUCAAUAUAAGGAAAAAGUCAAGAUUUUAAGGGAAAUUGAGAAAUCGAAGAAAGAAGCCAAUGCAAACCAAGGGAUUCCAAAGGAUGACCAGAAGGACGCAUUGAGAGAUUUGAAGGCUCAACGCCAGAAAAGACUCAUACGUAAGCAUUCUGACAGUGAAAAAUCUGAUAGCAAGCGAUCUGGCAGUGAUGGAAGUGAAAAAUCUGGCGAUUCUUAUUCCUCGGGUGAAGACUCUAUGGGUGAUAGCGAUGGUAGUGCUCAAAGGAAAGGAAUCAACUUCAUUGAUCUGGAGAAGAUUAGAAUCAGCAGAAGUGACCUUGAAAGAUGGUGCGAUGAAAUCUUCUUUGAAGAGAAUGUCACAGGUGCAUUUGUCAAAAUCAAUAUUGGCAACCAAGAUCAUACUGAUAAUUAUAUGAUCUGUGAGAUUCUUGGCGUUAAGCCAGCAAAACAGCCUUAUAAAUUGAAUACAUCAGAGGUGAACAAAGACUUAGUUGUUAGAUAUGGUCAUGAAGGAAAACCUUUCUGAAUGCAAGUGAUUUCUAAUAGUAAGUUUACUGCUCAAGAAUUUGCAAAUUGGAGGAAAAGAAUGGAAAAAGAGAAACUUAGAAUUCCAGAUCUUGAUUAUAUUGAAGAGAUCGAAGCUAAGAUAAAGAAGGCAAGGAAUCAUACUUACUCAAGCAGUGAAAUCAACAAGAUUAUUGAAAGAAAUAUUAAUGAUGCUAUUCAAAAAGGAUCUACAAACAUGAAUAUUCCUUACAUCCAGACCCAAAUAGAGACCCAGUAUAAUGUAGCAAAGAAGCAGCUUGAUGAGGAACUAGAGAAAGAAAGCCAAAACCUGCCAUCAAAUGUUUCUGAAGCUCAAGAAAUAGUUGCACAGUUGAAGAAUAAUUUAGACAAACUUGAAGAAAUAAAGAGGAAAAAGAGGGAAAUGAAUCAGAAGAAAAACACAGUGGGAGAUUAUAACAGCCUUGCCCAAAGGAAACAAAUUGAAGAGGAUAGGAAAAGAAGUGAACUCAUUCAGAAAAAGCAAAAGUCUAACACAGGAUUUGAUGCUUUCUCGACCAUCUCUUGUGCUCCCCAGAUUCUCUGGGAUACUCAAAACAACAAAAAUCAGCUUUCAUUGAUUAAACAGCAAAGUAAAGAGCAGUCAAACAAAGAGAAAAAGAGAGAAAAGAAAGCUAAAUCUAAAAGAGAGGAUCUGAUGCUUAAGCCUCAAGAUAGAUUGAAAUCAGAAUUUGAAAAGGCAGUAAUCAGAAGGGACAAAUAUCUUGAAAGAGUAAAGAAGGUUGAUUUGAAAAUCUCUCAUCUAAUUAGUGAAGAUCCUCAUGAUUUCAGUAAAUUCCCUGCAUUUAAUAAGACUCCUAUGCUAACAGAGAUGAAUCCCAUCUUAAAAGCCAAGCUUGAAGAGAAGCACAGGAAGGACCUCGAGAGUGGCACUAAGAAGGUUUACACUCUAGAUGAGUACUACCAGAAAUUUAUGUUGUAGCUGAUCCACUUAAUAAAAACGAGUUCAAUAAUCUUCUAAA